AUGGAAAAUCUUGCCGAAUCAAAUGAAAUAUUUCCAUGGUUUGGUAUUGAUAUUGGUGGUACAUUAGUUAAAUUAGUAUAUUUUGAACCAUUGGAUCUAACGGCUGAUGAAAUCAAACAUGAGGGAGAUAUUUUACAAAAUAUUCGUCAUUAUUUAACAUCAAAUCGAGCAUAUGGAGAAGAUGGUGUAAGAGACGAUUUGUUGGAACUGAAAAGCAUCCGUUUAGGAGGAAGACGUGGUAAUUUACAUUUUAUCCGUUUUCCAACAUCAAAAAUGAUUAAUUUUAUUGAAUUCUGUGUAUCACGAAAUCUUCAUACGUUAACAUUUCAAAUAUUUGCUACGGGUGGUGGUGCUUAUAAAUUUGAUCGAGAUGCCGUGGAAAAAUUGAAAUUAAAAUGGUGCAAAUGUGAUGAAUUAGAUACACUGAUAAAUGGUUUAAGUUAUCUAACAAAGUUAAAUACAAAUGAAUGUUUUUGCUACGAAGAACCACAAAAUGAAGAUAAUCCAAAUAAACAUACAUUUAAGUUUGAUAUUCAAAAACCAUUUUUACUCGUUAACAUUGGCAGUGGAAUAAGUAUUUUACACGUACAAUCAGAACACUCUUAUAGACGUAUAACAGGAACAAGUAUAGGUGGUGGUACAUUUCUUGGUCUAUGUUGUUUAUUAACCGGUUGUUCAACAUACGAAGAAGCAAUUACUUUAGCUAUACACGGUGAUAGUACAAAAGUUGAUAAAUUGGUGAAAGACAUAUAUGGUGGUGAUUACGAUCGUUUUCAUUUACCGGCACAUAUUGUUGCAUCCAGUUUUGGCCAUAUGAAUUUAUCUGACAAACGUGAACAAGCGUCAAAAGAAGAUUUGGCGCGUGCCACUCUUGUCACUGUGUUGAAUAAUAUUGGUUCAAUUUCCAUGAUGGUGGCAAAAACGGAAAAUGUUGAUCGUAUAUUAUUCAGUGGUAGUUUUUUACGUAUUAACGAUCUGUCAAUGCGGCUUUUAGCAUUUGCCAUGGAUUUUUGGUCUCAAGGACGAAUAAAAGCUAUUUUUCUCGAGCAUGAGGGCUACUUUAGUGCUGUUGGUUGUUUAAGAAAGUUCAUUAUGGACGCUAAUGGUGGUAAUUGUACCGAUAUACCUUUAUCAUCUGACGUUCAGUCAGCGCCAACUAAUUCCGCAGUACUUCAAACACGAAUGCAACAUCAACUAAUGGGACAGCCAAUGGCUUAUGAUCUUGUUUUAAAGUCAAUUAGUUCACAUGUUUUAACAGAACAUCCAUCAAAAGCUCUAGUAUUAUCAUUUCAUGGAAGCACAGGAACAGGGAAAAAUUUUGUUACAAAACAUAUCGUUGAAAGCUUAUAUCGAAAAGGAUUUGAGAGUAAAUAUGUUCGAUUAUACGUAUCUUCUCGUGAUUUUAUGCAUAAUGAUCCUGAACAUUUGAUCACGUACAAGGAACAUCUUAAAAAGGAUAUUGAAAAGGCUACAAGUGGAUGUUCCCAAUCGAUAUUUAUAUUUGACGAAGUUGAUAAGAUGCCCAUACAAUUACUCGAUACCAUCAUUUAUUAUAUUGAUUUUCAUAUUCCAAGCUAUACGAAACCAGUUGAUUUUCGAAAAACAAUAUUUAUAUUUUUAAGUAAUACAGGUGGCACAUCAAUGAUUCGUUUAGCACAAAAGUACCAUUUAUCAGGAAUUAAACGUGAUAAUUACAAUGUAGUAGAAUUUCAAAAAGCUUUAUCAAAUGCAGCAUUUAACGAAGAAGGUGGCCUAUGGCAUGCAUCUUUAAUUGAAAAACAUUUGGUAACAUUUUUUGCACCAUUUUUACCAUUAGAACGCGAACAUAUUCGUACCUGUAUUCAACGUCAAUUAGAUAUUAUCAUUCAACAAAAUCAAGAAACGAGUUUAACAGUAUUAGAAAAAAGUAGUAUUAUUGAUGAUGUGAUUGAUUUAAUUGAAUUUGCUCCGCCAGAUACAGCACUCUAUUCCGUAUCAGGCUGUAAAAAAGUUCAACAAAAAUUAUAUUAUAUACUUGAAAGUAGACGAAAAGAAAAUAGUCAAUGUGAACUACAGCAUGAGGAAAUAUUUAUUGAACGCAUUAUUUCAACUAUCAAUAUGAGUCUAAAACAACAAGUCGAAUUAUUGAAUAAUGAAAUUCAUAUAUUACAGAAAAAACUUGAUAGUAAAAUAAAAGCAUUUUCAAUUUUAAUGAAUGAAUUAGAUACGCUUAAACAUGAACGUAAUCAGUUUAAAUCAAUUGCUGAUCAUUUACAAGAAAGAUGUGUUCAAAUGAAAAAACGACUUGCCAUACAACAUGAUCCAUUAGCUUAUCAUUCAACUGCAAAUGGAUACGACUAUGUCAAUGAUAGUACAAUUCAAUUAUUAAAAGAUGCUCUAAAAACUGUUCAAGAUGAAAAAGAAGUAUUACAAGGAAAAUUUGAUGAUGUAUCACGUGAAUUAGUCGAUGUUCGUGGCGAUUUAAAUAUUUUUCGUCAAACACGACAUCGAGCACGCAUCAGUACCAAUAGCAAUAAUGAAGAUUCAAUAUCAACGAAUGAUAAUCAAGAUUUAUUGAAACGAUUAGAACAAUCAAGUGAACGGAUUAAUACAUUAGAAAAUGAUUUAAAAUUAAUUGUUUGUCAAAAAGAAGAGUUAGAAAUUGAACGUGAUUCAUUUAAAACAAAAUAUAUGAAAUUAAAUCAAGAAUUAAAUAAAAUGUUACAUGGAGAUGAAAAACGGGUGGUCGAUAUUGAAUCGGUUAUUUCAGAGAAUAGAUAUUUGAAAGAGAAAAUAAAAGAAUUAGGACAAGAAAAAAGUCUAGCGAUUGCUAAUGCAACAAAAUAUAAAGAAUUAUUGCAAACAAAUCGUUCAGCAUAUAAGCGUUUAGGAAAAGUUCAAUCGUCUAGUAGCAUUCUUACACAUAAACAAGUUCAAAAUAUUUUGAAACAAAGUUAUGGUAUGCCAAAUAAUGAAGCGACAACGUCUGAUUUACGUGCCAUUGCCGAAGCACUCUUCGAAAAUAUCAAGGACAAAAAUUUGACACUUCUUCAUCAACGAAAAACAAACAAAAUUUUAGCUAACCGUGUUAAUGAACUAGAAAAACGUCUGGAAGAAAUAUCCGGUUUUAUCGUUGAUAAAACAGAUCAAACUAACUCACUCACACAAUUACUUGAUGCGGACAACAAAUCAGUAAUAUCACAUUCAGAUUCUUUUCCAGAUUCUAUAACAUCUUUUGUUAAUGAAAACGAUAAUGAUAAACAACCGACAACUGAAUUAUUUGGAUUUUUGUGGCCAGUUGUUACAGAAGCGACGAAAGAUCAACAACAAUCAAAAACAUCUGUAGACGAAAUAAAAUCGUCAAAACAUACUUUAACAUGUCAACAAUCAUUGAAAACAAAGUCAGAUAGUAUUGAGUUAGAAAUGGACAAUCCGUUGCCUUCUCCUUCUUGGUCAAAUUCACAAAGUACUGUAGCUUAUUUAGAAGAAACUGAUAUUAUUCCAGUGAACACCACAAAUAUCAAUGACGAAAAUUCGCCUUGUAACAUUGACAAUUUGACUCAAUUGACAUCAACAACUGAUCAUGAUAUUGAAAACUUACAUGAUUUACUGAGUGCAUGUAGUACAAAAAUGUCUAGUUCAGAUUUCUCUUCCUCAGAGAAAAAUCUCGAUGACAAUAACGAAUCGAUAGAAAAUGAGCCACUUUUGCAAAAUAAUACGAAAACAAUGACAACAAUGGUAUUAUCCAAUUUAACUUGUUAA